CCCUGCCAGCCCCUUAUCGUUUCUCCUCGUUCGAUUCCCCCUCCGCGAAGCGACUCCAGCGAUCCAGGCAGCCUGCAACGGCGUACGGCGACGGUGACCGACGGUGGCCGUUCCUUUUCUGACCGUAUCUCCGCCUCAGGCCUCUCCCAUCAGCGCGAGGCUCCACUUCUUCAGUUAGGGUCUGUGAAAUUUGAGAAUUUGGAUUGCAUUUUUCCAGCAAGAUCUGAAGAGGUUAAAUCAUGUCAACUGCAAUGGGGCUUGAAUCUCUUGUUAAUCAGACGAUAUCAGUAAUUACCAAUGAUGGGCGAAACAUAGUGGGAAUCUUGAAAGGGUAUGACCAGGCCACAAACUUAAUUCUUGAUGAAUCUCAUGAAAGGGUGUAUUCAACCAAGGAAGGGGUACAACAACUUGUCUUGGGACUUUACAUUAUAAGAGGGGACAAUAUUUGCGUUGUUGGGGAAUUAGACGAAGAGCUGGAUGCAAGCUUGGACUUGUCUCAACUAAGAGCUCAUCCCUUAAAAGCGGUUGUCCACUGAUUUUCUUUGUAUGGAAUCAGAAUGGAUCAAGCUCUCCUAGUCACUUUUUUUUUUGUUUCCAACAAUUUUAGGAAGCCAUGUUUUUUUGGACAUUCUUGGAUAUGUUCUCUUUCUAACUGAACUUUAAAAUGUUGAUCUAAGCUGAAUGCUUUACUUUUGAAUCCCAUUUGAUGUGCAUCGAAUCUAAUUGAUGAGCACUUGACUAAGUGCAAAGCCAAAAAGAACGCGCUCGUUUUUUUGAGGGAUCUAACCUUAGAUGCGUUCGGUAUGUUUCGUUCACUUUUGGCUCUUUUAGGUCACUUCUGUCAUAUA